CUAUGUUCUUCUAUAUUCAACUUGAUUUAACAGUUUUGCAGUAAAAAUAUGUCAAAUUUUCAGUUCUGUAACAGAAGACAGAUAACUUUUUUUCUUAAAUAUCGCAUCAAAUUGCCGAUAAUGAACGUAUUAGAAUUGUACAGUGGCAUUGGAGGAAUGCAUUUUGCGCUCCGUGAAAGCCAACUACAAGCAGAAAUUGUGGCUUCAGUGGAUAUUAAUCAAGUUGCUAAUGAUGUCUACCGAUAUAAUUUUCCAAAAACUCUUCUUAUGAACAGAAACAUUCAGUCUGUCACUGCACAGGAAUUUAAAAAACUAAAUAUAGAUGUGAUUUUAAUGAGUCCUCCGUGCCAACCUUACACACGUGGUGGACUAAAGAAAGAUGAUAAGGACGCUAGAUCUUGCUCACUUUUGCACUUUUUGAACUUAUUACCAAAAUUAAACACUGUCAAGUAUCUUUUGCUUGAAAAUGUUAAAGGUUUUGAAGUAUCUCAAAUGAGAGAUAGGUUGGUAGAUUGUUUAAAAAGCUGUGGCUAUGUGUACAGAGAGUUAAUGUUGAGCCCGUAUGACUUUGGAAUACCAAACAGCAGACUCAGAUAUUAUUUAUUAGCAAAAAAAGACAACUUACAUUUCUGCUUUGAACAGUCUUCACUUGAAAAUAUUUUGCAAUCAAAGUUGUUACCAAACAGUGUACAUUCUGAACUAGCAGAGAAAGAAGGUAAAUAUAACACCAAAUUUGGCAAGAUGUGUUAUACACUGAAAAAUAUUUUGGAAGAUGGUGACGAAUCCAAGUAUUUGAUUCCUCCACAUUUGUUACAAAAAAGAGCUUGGGUAUUAGACAUAAGAACAUCAGACAGCAAUGGUUCUUGUUGUUUCACAAAAGGAUAUGGUCAUUACUUGGAAGGUACUGGAUCUGUUUAUUGUCCAUUUACAGAUGAAAUAAUUAAACAAAAAUAUAGCAAAGUUGAUAGUUGCAAAAAUAAUCCAGAUGAACAACUGCAACUCUUGUCAAAAUUAAAACUUAGAUUUUUUUCACCCAAAGAGGUGUGCAGAUUAAUGUGUUUUCCUGAAGAUUUUAAAUUUCCACAACAUAUAACAGACAAACAAAAAUAUAGAUUGUUGGGAAAUUCAAUAAAUAUUCAUGUAGUUAGCAGAUUGAUACUUUUGUUAUGUUCUGAAAAUAAUAUAAUAAACAAUAUAUAGAAUUAAAUAUGAAAUAACUUUUACUUCAGUCACAGGCGUUUGUUAUAUUAUUCUAUUUUAUUUAUUAUUUAUCUGUAUGUUGCUUCUCAUAUAUUCUAAGCUAAUCAUAUAUAUAAUACUAAUGAUUAUAUAUACAGAGUGAUUCAGAACAAUUUUUUGUCCUUGAAAAUACAUAUUCUUGACUAAAUUCUGAGACAACUUUUUAUUUGGCAAAUUUUUCAAGAGUUACGCCACCCCUUUCUUCCUUUUGUAUUCGACUCAUGGUAAGUCACCUAUUUUUAUUAAUAAUUGAAAAAGUAACUUCAGACAAAAUUUUGUCAAAUAAAAAGUUCUCAGAAUUUAGUCAAGAAUACAAAGAUUGAGUAUCGGUCUACUCACAGGGCAUUGGGCCUUUAAGGCACAUUUAUACAACCUAGGCCUAGUUGAGGAGAGUAGUUGCAGAUUUUGCAAGGAGGAAAAAGAGGACAGCGUGCACAUACUGUGCCGCUGCCCUUCACUAGUACUCAAGAGGUUCAGAUUCUUAGGCUCCAUGUUUGUGGAGCCUGAGAACCUGAAAAGAUUCAAGAUCGGCCAUCUGUGCAGCCUGGCAGCAAAUGCCGGGCUAAAUCAGUAUGGUCGUUAAAUAACCAGCGGGAGUCGCAGAGGAUCAUGAGAUCUAGGUGACACUAAGGGUAUUGAUAGCCCCCCGCUCAUUCUUAUCUAUCUAUCUAGUCAAGAAUAUGUAUUUUCAAGGAUAAAAGGUUGUUUUGAAUCACUGUCUGUACGAAUCUCCCUUAUAUAUAUAUAUAUAUAUAUAUAUA